CUCUCUUCACAGCACAUGUCCAACUUCUGCGUUCCGUUGUGUUUGUGUCGUGCUGUCUUCUUCUGUUGUGUUGUUCUUUCUCUUUCUCUUUCUCUCACUAUCACGCAAUCCAAUUUUCAAACACAUUCUUCUGCAUUUUCAAUUCCUUUCUUCUCAAUUAACAACAACAAUCACUAAUGCUUCCUCUCUCAUCAACAACAACAACAACAACUUAGGGUUUCUCGUCAAAAUUCCUUUUCUUUUUGCCGGGAUUUUGAGGGUCAAACUCAAUCUCCCGCAUCCAUGGCUUCCAACUUGAAGAUGACCCCUCAGCUCGAACAGAUCCAUGGUGAAAUUCGUGACAUCUUCCGUGCCCUCGCAAAUGGCUUCCAGAAGCUGGAUAAGAUUAAAGAUUCCAAUAGACAAAGUACUCAGCUGGAGGAACUCACCGGGAAGAUGAGGGACUGCAAAAGGUUGAUAAAGGAUUUUGAUCGUGAAAUUAAAGAUGAAGGGGCAGGAAAUCCCGAAGAAGUGAACAAGCAACUUAAUGACGAAAAGCAAUCAAUGAUCAAGGAGCUAAACUCAUAUGUGGCACUGAGAAAAACGUACAUGAAUACGAUUGGUAAUAAAAAACUUGAACUUUUUGACAUGGGAGCUGGAGCAAGUGAAUCUACAGCCGAAGGAAAUGUUCAAUUGGCAUCAGAAAUGUCAAAUCAAGAACUUGUCAAUGCUGGGAUGAAGACAAUGGAUGAGACUGACCAGGCUAUUGAGAGGUCUAAGCAGGUUGUACAUCAAACAAUUGAAGUUGGCACCCAAACUGCAUCUACCUUGAAGGGCCAAACUGAACAAAUGGGCCGUAUUGUUAAUGAGCUUGAUUCAAUUCAGUUUUCAAUAAAGAAGGCCUCCCAACUUGUUAAGGAGAUUGGUAGACAGGUUGCUACAGACAAGUGCAUCAUGCUUUUUCUGUUUCUUAUCGUCUGUGGUGUGAUUGCCAUUAUUGUCGUGAAGAUUGUGAAUCCCAACAACAAAGAUAUUAGGGAUAUCCCAGGAUUGGCGCCUCCAGUUCCCUCAAGGAGGCUUUUGUAUGUACGGACUGGAGAACUUUUUGAUUAAUUCUUACAUUGACAAGAGCUUUCUACAAUUCUAGUCCUGCCAACUUGGUUCUUGUUCUUAUCCAUCGAAUAUUAGAGGAUUGCUUUCUGGAGGCAUCAUUUUGAUCUUUCCCGUUAAUUCUUUCUUUUUUCAAGAGUUCUUGCAUAUACUGUUUGUGAUUCUAUGUAAAUCAGACGAAUGUCUUCUGCUUUGCCUCGAGUGCCACGUCUCUUAAUGUAACAAUCCAAAUAUUUAGGGCUAGAGAGAAAGUAACACUCUACUUGUACUUGAAAUUUGUGGUGUAAAUGUGUCUAAUUCAGAGGAGAUUUGUUCCCCUCCCCUAUUUUUUGACGUGUAAUAUAUAUAUGCAUACAUUUCG